UGGAAAGAUGGAGAGCAGAGCACCGUAAUAGUAUUAUCGGAUUUUCCAAAAACAGCAGAUGAAGGUGUGGAUAACGUACAGCCAACCACUGAAGCAACUCUCAUUUCUCGCCAAACAUUAUACCCAAAACGCACAGAGCAAAAACUAAAAAAGAUUCUGACCAACCAAUAAUAAUACCAAUACUCAAAUCCUUUCUUCUGUGUCUUUUAGUCAAAGCCUUGAAAUCCCAUGGCAAACACUUUCCCGUAGCCAACGAACACGCCCCUCAACGUUUUCUUGGUUCCCAGUAAUGGAGUCCCGCGCUCGACGUCGUCUGGCUCUCCUUGCUUCCCACGUUAGCCCACCUGCGAGAACCCUGCCCACUUGCCUUUCGGCUUCCGCUUGCGCUUCUCACACCAAUCGAGAUAAGCAAAUGAAAAAGGGUGACAGUAGUGAUUGUGUUUUUUGCAAGAUUAUUGGCGGUGAAGCUCCUGCUGUAAAGUUAUAUGAAGAUGAUGAAAGCCUGUGCAUUUUGGACACAUAUCCUUUGUGUCAUGGGCACUCUCUGAUUAUCCCAAAGUGUCAUUUUCCUUCAUUGGCUACAACUCCUCCAUCAAUUAUUGCGGCCAUGUGCUCGAAAGUGCCCCUGAUCAGCAACGCCGUCAUGAAAGCUACUGGUUGCGAUUCUUUCAACUUGCUAGUUAACAAUGGCGCAGCUGCAGGCCAAGUUAUAUAUCACACCCACAUUCACAUAAUUCCCCGUAAAGCACACGACUGCUUAUGGUCUUCUGAGUCUCUACCAAGACGGCGACUGAAGUUGGAUCAAGAAGCCUCGCAACUUGCAAACCAUAUUCGUGCAAGUAUAGUAUUUGUGAACAACUAUGAGAAUGACGAUAGCAAAGGUCAAGCGUCGAGUCUUGUUGCGAACUAACUAGAGAGAUGGUUAAUGGUCGUUGCUGCCAAUACACGGUAUGUAGAUAUUUGUGAUAAAUACAGGUUUUGAAUAUUUUCAAGCUACUUGAGUGUGGAGCUUCAGAAAUGCUGUAGUUUGAUAGUGAAUGUUUGAAAAUGCUGGUGCUGCUUCACCUUGGUGAUCCAAUGCAGUAUUGUUGGAGUAUUUCUCUAGACAAUCACAAUUGUCCAUGUAUAAUCACAUAUGUUUAUGUA